GCGGAAGCGGCGGGAGGGGGGGAGGCGGCGGAGGGCGGAGAUGGGGGCGCGCGGGCUGGAGGCGGCCGUGGUGGAGCUGGCGCCGGGGGCGGCCUGCGGGAGCGGCGCGGAGGCCGGCCGUCAGCCCGUGGUGAUCCUCCUGGGCUGGGCGGGCUGCCAGGACAGGUACCUGGCCAAGUACAGCGCGAUCUACAGCCAGAGGGGGUGCACCGUCAUCCGCUACACGGCUCCGUGGAGGAUGGUAUUCUUCUCCGAGAGCUUUGGCAUCCCAUCCCUCCGGACCCCAGCCAGGAGACUCCUGGAGCUGCUCUUUGACCACAGCAUUGACAACAGGCCGGUGCUGUUCCACGUCUUCAGCAACGGCGGUGUCAUGCUGUACCGCUACAUCCUUGAGGUGCUGCACACUCAGCAGCCCUUUAAGAACCUCAAAGUCAUGGGCACCAUUUUUGACAGCGCCCCCGGCAGAAGAAACUUGAGAGGGAGCCUUCGUGCCUUGGCGACUGUCCUGGUAUCCACGAACGUGCUGCUCAAGUAUUUCCUCGUCUUCGCUUUUGCUACCGCAGCCGUCGUGCUGCGGAUCCUGCUGUACCCCCUGACCCGAUUCAUCCACGAGAGCCAUUACGACGCCCUGCUGAAGGCGCCCUCGCGGUGGCCUGAGCUUUACCUCUAUUCCCAGGCCGAUGCGAUCAUCAGCGCCCGCGAGGUGAAGCGCAUGGCUGACGCCCGGCAGCGGCUCGGUGUCUCUGUGAGAGCUGUGGACUUCUCAGAUUCGGCUCACGUCAGCCAUAUGCGGGCGUAUCCCACCUACUACAGCAAUCUCUGUAUGACUUUCCUCUCUGACUGUGUCGCGGGCUCACCUCGUUAGUGCGGUGACCUCCUACGUUUGCCUCUGCUUUGCUCAAAUUAUACGGGAAAUGCCACCCCCUCUCCCUUUAUGUCUUUGAGGAGAGGAAAGUAUAGAGAUUUCUUAGGCACUUUUUUUUUUUUUUUUGGCUCCUGCUGCAAAGCUGAAAGCCUCCACUCUGUCUUUGAGCCAGCCAUCUCACAGCAAAAAGUUGAUCUGGAGUAAUUUAAAGAACUGAAAGCGAAAUUCUAGCAUGGUGUGGUAGUUGAGGUGUCACAGACCAGAAUUUCACGUGGCUUGUUACUUGUUUCUUUCUGUCUCGUGGUGUUCUCUGCUUUCCAUGUGUCCUUGUCGCAGAUGUCCAAUGUACAUAUUCUGUUGCCUUGUACUGAUACGGCAAUACAGCUCUUCAAUGUCUUUGUUGUUUUCCUCUGUUAUGUCUUUUAUCUUGCAGCUGCAAGAUUUCCCUCUUCUGUCAGCAUUGCUUGGUUCUGUUAAAGGGCUGAGAGGGCAGCCAGAGCUCUGAUUCCCUUGCCCUGGGGUGGAGCUCAAAUGUUUGUGAUAACUUCCUGUGUUCUUCAACCAAAAAUUCUGUUAACCAUUUUUUUUUUUUGGGUACGUGUUGUCUUGUUUCUCCUCUUUCUUGUCUAAUGUGUGUUCUCCCAAGUAAUUCUUGUUUUCUUGGGGAAGUGCUCAUUUAUUAUUGCGUUUUUUUGAGCAGCCAAGAUUGUGCAUCUAGAAAUGCCGGGAAACUGGCACAGCUGUAACCCAGAAGACCUCAGAAAUGGUAAGGUGGAACUGCAGAGAAAAAUGAAACUGUCUUUUGGAGCUGUGA